AUGAUCUCAGCGAGUCUCCCCAGCGAGGCGCUGGCCCAGCUGGGGCAGCUCGGGCAGCUGAACCUGUACCCGCCGCCGCAGGCCGGCAUGACGCCCGAGUUCCUGGCGCCCCCGCCGCGCCCGUACGCGCGGUACGCGCCUCGAAGGCCGCGGGAUGCGAUGCCCGCGCCCCCUGCACCUUCUGCAUCACCAUUCCCUUCUGUACCCGGAGCGUACGCACCGUUCCUACCGCACCCGGCGACGUACGCGUCGUACCUGUACCGGACGCGCGCGCCGCCACAGCCGCCGCCGUCCAACUACCCAAUCAGGCCGCGCGCCACCUCUGGUUUCGUGCCACCUGCACCUGCGCCUCACUCUCCACCUGUAUCGGCACCAGCGCCGGUACCACCACCCAGAGAGGAACCUCCUACAUCCCCCGAGCGAGGUGCGCCCGUGCCCUACUUCUGCCGAGGUGCGUUGAUACGGCUGGAAGAUGGGUCGCUACGGCGAGUGGAGGAGAUGCGGACUGAAGAUUUCGUGAUGAGUGCAGACCGCAGUGGAGACCUCGCGCUCACGCAGUGCACGCUACUGCGGCUCGACGAGCGCGGCGACAGGCUCGCUCUCACUCUCACUUACGAUAGGAAUCGCUCUCAGGUCAGCAAGGUGGAGCUGGAAUCCACGGUGGAGCAUCCAUUCUUCGUGUACGGCCGCGGCUGGGCGUCGUGCAAGCCGGAGCGCACGCUGGCGCAGUACGGGCUGCGCGUGCAGAGGCUGCAGGUGGGCGACGUGUGCGUGUCGCUGGUGCCGCGGCGUCAUGCGCCCGCGUCCGCGCCUCUUACGCCACACACGCCCCACACGCCCCAUACGCCACACACGCCUCACACGCCCCACACGCCUGCCCCGCCCCCAGCGCCCCCGCAGACGCAUCCUGAAAACCUUAGCGUGAAGGAGGACGCACGCAAGCGGCGUUGGUCUGCUUCAGACGUCUGCGAGGAUAAUCCCCCUCCUCUCAAGAAACGCUGA